AUGAACGAGGAGAUGGAGAGGUGGGGGACCCGCGACCAGGACCAAAGGCAAGGACACACUGGCCUGUCAGCCGCCGGCUUCAGAUUUCUGGGCUGGCGGCCCAGCGGUGCGCUCUGCAGUGCAGGGUGGCGGAUUAGUAGAAUAGCAGAUGAGGAAGACCCUGCUUUUGAGGAGGAAAAUGAAGAAAUUGGAGGAGGUACAGAAGGACAGGGUAAAAGAGAGAGACUUUUCUCUAAAGAAUUAUGGUGUAUGAUGCAUGGGUUUGGGGAUGACCAGAAUCCUUACAUGGAGUCGGUGGAUAUUCUUGAAGAUCUUGUCAUAGAAUUCACUGAAAUGACUCACAAGGCAAUGUCAAUUGGAAGACAAGUUCAUGUUAAAGUUGAAGAUAUUGUCUUCUUGAUUCAAAAGGACCCUAGGAAGUUUCCUAGAGUUAAAGAUUUAUUUACUAUGAAUGAAGAACUGAAACGGGCUAGAAAAGCAUUUGAUGAACUGAACUAUGGAUCCUGA